AUGGAAAGCAAGCCCAACCUUCGUUUUGAGGCUGGAGAGCUGGUGCUGAGGCCGUCUAAAAAGGCAGCCCCUCUGGAGAAAAUCCACCUUUCAGAGGUGGCUAAAGGGGUGCCCUUUGUACCAAAGGACCCUGAGGCUGUGCUGGAGGAGGCCAAGGUCAGGGUUAUCCAGGGUGGAGGGUGUCCCUUUGAUGACCUGCUGCUGCAAAGUCAAAGUGCCAUCCAGUUUGGUCAAUACAGAGGGAAAACCUUCAAGUGGAUGCUGGAGAAUGACCUUGGUUACUCCCUCAUGGUCCUGUCUGGACAUCAGCGGGAGCGCGAGGCUGGCAGAUUGGACAGAGGUGCCCUCAUGGCUAAUAAAGAUGUUUUUCUCAAAUAUGCCUGCACAUUUGAGAAGGUUGCAGAAGCCAUCAAAGUGCGCAGGCAGAGAGAGGGAACAAUAUCUGGCUGUGAGGGUGACUGUCUGGUGGGCUUUGGGAUCUACAACAGGCACACCUUCAAGGAGCUCUAUGAGGCCAAGGACAGGGAGAGGAAAAGCUAUGUGGAUUUCAUAAAAGGCAGCAAAACCAGUGCAGGCAGCAAGAUGGAUGCCCUGAAGAAGUACAUCUUGCAGAGGGAACAGAAGAAAAGUAGGGCUAAAGGGAGAAAACCCUUUGCAUCCUCUGCAUCUUCUGCAUCCCAGCCUGUACCGCACACUUCACAUCUGGCUUCUCCUCCUCCCACCCAAAGCUCCCUUUCCCAGCCCAGCUACAGUACACGAGCCAACAGAUGCAGAUCUUCUGGCUUCAGCCAUGGAGGUGGAGACACAGGUGCAUCAACCACCACCAACCUCAAUGCCGAUCCACUCACCUCGUUUGGAGCAAAGAGCCGCUCAAAGGCUGGUGUCAGCAGCUUCUGA